AUGAAGAAACUGAACUAUCUCCCUGCCCUCGGGGAUUUGAAUACGCCGUUGCCAGAAGAACAACUGGCUGUGCUUGAACGCGAGGUUGAAGAUCAGAAACCGGAGCCAACUGCUCAAUCAUUAUUCAACCUGGGCUGGGCCCUCGUGAAAUCCAAUAGCAAGCAAGAUAACAGGGAAGGCGUGAAUAUACUCACAGAACUGUUCAAGACUGUGCCCGCAAGACGUCGUGAGUGUCUAUACUACCUGGCAGCAGGCUGCUACAAGAUUGGAGAGCUCAAAGAAAGCAAAAGAUACAUUGAUGCGCUUAUUCUCCACGAGCCAGACAACCUGCAAGCUGUGAAUCUGAAAAAGGAGAUCGAGAGUGAAAUUUCCAAAGACGGCCUGAUUGGGUUUGCCGUUCUGGGCGGUCUGACCGCUCUCGGAGUGGGCAUAGCCAGUGCCCUGAUCAAAACACAAUCCAGGAAGAAAUAA